AGUAAAUCGUGCCUGCCUAGACGUCAUUAGCGAUAAUCGUAAUCAGUGGAAAGUUCUUUGUUGGCAAAUUGAACUCACAGCCUCAAUUGAAACUUGAUAUAUAUUAUCAUCAACUAUCUUCUAUUUGUAUCGUCUUGCUUUUCUCCCUUCUACCCCUAGUUUCUCUUAUUUCCGUACCUUGGUACUACGCCGUCCAUCGCAACCUAGUACUCCCUUCAUCUACCGGUCUCACAUUUUUAUUCGAACCCCGCAUUGCUUACGUAGAGUCUUUCUAAAGCUUCGGAAGACGGGAAGCUGCCGUUAAAAUCAAUUUCAACUGAGAAAAGACCUGUCAGAUAUAAGAUUUACUGAUAUAUAACUUUAAGCCUAUGUCAUACCCUUAUUACGGCGGCCAGUCGGGUGGAUAUCCCGGCUACGGCCAACCACCACCUCCACAGCAGUACCCUCCUCCGGGUCAAUAUCCCCCACCUCAGGGUUAUCCUGGUCAAGGCAGCCCUUACCCUCCAGGAGGUCAAUAUCCUCCCCCACCACCGCAACAAAACCCGUACCCCGGCCAAGGAGGCGGCUACCCAGGACAUGCCGGUGGUUAUCCCCCGAACCAGGGUUACGGAGCGCCGCCGCCGCCGCCCCAGCAAGGUUAUGGACCGCCCCCGGGCCAAUACGGCGCGCCACCACCACAACCGCCGCCUCAGCAAGCAUAUCAAUCGUAUCCGCCACCUGUUGCCGUAGGCCCCCCCACCGCACCUAGUGUGGGCUACGGCCCUCCCCAGAUAAUUAACUGGGAUGCGACUGCCGACGCAAGAGCGCUUCGGGGCGCCAUGAAGGGUUUCGGCACGGACGAGAAGGCAUUAAUCCGCAGCCUAGCCACCAAAGACCCCUUGCAGAUCGAAGCGAUCAAGUCCGCCUACUUCCGCAGCUUCAGCCGCACGUUGGAGAAGGACAUUGUGUCGGAGACGAGGGGAUGGUUCGAGACGGGACUCGUCGCGCUCGUCAGGGGCCCGCUACUCCACGAUGUACAUCUGCUGAAUUCCGCGAUGGACGGCCCUGGGACGAAGGAGAAGGUUCUCAACGACGUGUUGCUGAGUCGCAGCAAUGCGGAUAUGAAUGCGAUCAAGGGUAUGUACCGACAUACGUUCCACCGGUCGCUCGAGAACGAUGUGAAAGGGGACCUCAGCAUGAAGACGGAAAGGCAUUUCUUAAUCGUGCUGGGAGCGAACAGGGCCGAGGACAGCGCCCCGGUUAUCCCCCAGGCUAUUGACCAGGACGUGAUGGAGUUAUACCGUGCUACGGAGGGCAAAGUGGGUACGGAUGAAAUGAUGGUGUGCUCGAUUCUAUCCACACGAAAUGAUAAUCAAAUUCGGGCUAUCAAUCACGCUUACGAGCAAAAAUUCAGACGACGGUUGGAAGACGUCAUCAGGAAGGAAUUUAGUGGUCACAUGGAAGAGGCCCUGUUAUAUCAACUGCGCAAUGCUGUUGACAAGUACAUGCACGCGGCUGCGCUACUCGAAGACGCAAUGGCAGGUCUAGGGACGAAGGACCAUCUACUCGUUUCGAGGGUGGUGAGAUAUCAUUGGGAUAGGCAGCAGAUGGCGAAUGUCAACGGGGCAUUCCAACAGCGCUACCGACGAAGUCUUGCCAGCCGCAUCAAAGGCGAGACGAGCGGUGAUUACGAGAGGCUUAUGCUUGCCUGUAUCGGAGAACCGGUUUAAACCAUGUCAGGAAGGUUGUUUACCUAGACAUGCUUUAGCGUAACUCCUUUGGAACCGUCUGUCUCCUGGAUACCCUCUGGUAAUGCUUGCGAUACCAAUGCAGAAGAUAGAUAGGUAGAUUGGUGCUUCUAUGAUAUCCCUAAAUUACUUGAGAGGUACUACGCACAUUAAUAAGUAUUCGCAUGAAGGUGUAUGUAGCCACUGAGAAGGGAACCGUGUUUUAAGUUGUUUAAUUCGCCUAUUCUUCCGAAUCUCGAUCUUAACCGCCAGUGGCUUCACCAUUAAUAUAGUGUGGUGUAUGUAAUGGCUGUUCAAAUACACAAUACC